AUGACCGUGACAUCGCCCUUCACCGAAGAAACCCUCUCCACCCUGCGCACCCUCGUCGACAAUGCUUGCGCCGACCCAAAAACCACCAUCCCGGGCGCAACAGUCGUAAUCGUCGACAAGACCGGCACCGAACUCUUCGCGCACUCAGCCGGAAAGCGCGGCGCGCACUCGUCCGAGCCCAUGACGCUCGACAACAUCUUCUGGAUAGCCUCGUGCACGAAGAUGCUCGUCGGCGUGGCAGUGAUGCAACUCGUCGAGAAAAAUAUCCUGAACCUAGACGAUAAAGAGCAGAUUGAGAGUCUGUGUCCGGAACUCCGCGAUCUCAAAGUCUUGAAAGAAGACGGGACGCUCGAGGAGAAGAAGAAUGCUAUCACGCUUCGCAUGCUCCUGACGCAUACCGCUGGCUUCGGGUAUACGUUCUUCAACGAUCGGCUCCGCGAGUGGUCGUACCCUGCUGGUGUCGAUGAGUUCUCAGGGCGCAUGGAGGACGUCAAAACGCCGCUGCUGUUUCAGCCGGGUGAGGGGUGGGAGUAUGGCGUCGGGCUCGACUGGGCGGGCAUCGCCCUGCAGCGCGCAACGGGCCUCACGCUAAACGAGUACCUGCAAAAACACAUCUUCGCGCCACUGGGCAUCAAAGAGAUGUCCAUGAUUCCAAACGAGGACAUGCGCCGUCGAAUGGCGUACAUGAAUCACCGGGGUGAGGACGGCACGCUCCGGCCAAGGGACCACCUGCUCCGCGCCCCGCUCGUCGUGGACCUGAACGAUGAAGCCGAGAUCAAGCGCGUGUUUGAUAGCGGUGGCGCGGGGGUAAAUCCUCGCCGUCCUCCUGAACAACGGAACGUGCCCGAAAACCGGCGUCCAGCUCCUGUCUCCAGACACAGUCGACACCAUGUUCACGAACCAGAUCCCGCAUAUGCCGCACUACAGUCGGCAGAGCAUCCCCGCGUCGAAACCCGAUCUGACGAACCCGAUUCCCGAGCUCUACCCUGUUGCCGGAGACCCACCGCAGGGAUGGGGCCUGACCUUUAUGCUGAGUAA